ACUAGAAGAAGCAUUAUUUUCCAAAUUAUUUAAUGUACUGCUACUAAUUUUUAAACUUGCAUUGUCAGCAUACAGACAAAGUGUUUUUGUUAGACUGUUUGGAAAAGAGAGCGGAAUACCUUUUACAUAACAGAGAAACAGCAGUGGGCCAAGAUUUGAUCCUUGCGGAACACCAUGCUGAAUCUGUGCUAGUGAAGAAUUAUUGGUGACUAUUUGAUUCUUAAUGCUACUUUUUAUUUCAACAAAUUGUUUUAUAUUGAUUAAGUAUGAACUGAACCAAUUUAGAGUAAUGCCAUUGAUUCCCAGGCCUUCAAUCUUGUUUAAUAGAAUUUUGAGUGAAACGCUAUCAAAAGCUCUGCUUAGGUCCAAGAAAAGCCUACUAUAUAGGCCUACUAUAAUAAGGAUAAAUCAUUAAUGUGCAGGUGCAUAUGGGAUGGCUGGACUGCACAUUAAUCAUCCUGCCCCGUAUACGCUAUUACUUGUGGUAGUGCAGGUGCAGAUGGGACGGCUGGACUGCACGUUAAUCAUCCUGCCCCGUAUACGCUAUUACUUUGUGGUAGUGCAGGUGCAGAUGGGACGGCUGGACUGCACGUUAAUCAUCCUGCCCCCGUAUACGCUAUUACUUGUAGUGCAGGUGCAGAUGGGAUGGCUGGACUGUAAAUUAAUCAUUCACCCCUGUGUACACUAUUACUUGUGGUAGUGGAGGUAUGAAUGGCAUGGCAGGGCUGCACAUUAAUCAUCCUGCUCCAUAUACGCCAUUCGUGGUAGUGGAGGUGUGGAUGGAACGGAUGGACUGCAAAUUAAUCAUUUGCCCCGGUGUACGCUAUUACUUGUGGUAGUGGAGAUAUGAAUGGCGUGGCAGGGUUGCACAUUAAUCAUCCUGCUCCAUAUAUGCCAUUCGUGGUAGUGGAGAUGUGGAUGGGACGGCUGGACUGCAAAUUAAUCAUUCGCCCCUGUGUACGCUAUUACUUGUGGUAGUGGAGGUAUGAAUGGCAUGGCAGGGCUGCACAUUAAUCAUCCUGCUCCAUAUACGCCAUUCGUGGUAGUGGAGGUGUGGAUGGAACUGCUGGACUGCAUAUUAACUACACACCAUUGAAACCAUUUAGCUUUACAUCUCACAAAACACACUUCAAAGGUAACUUCUUUAAGACACCAACCUAAUGAACAAAUUUAGAUGGCUAAAUUACUACACUAUUAGGCAUUACACAUUAUGGAUUAAGUACAUAAUCAUGAACGGUGGAAAUAUUUCAUAUCCCAAAUUAAGUAAAGAGUAAACUUCAGUAAUUUUAUUAUAAAAAAAUUUUUUUUUCCACUUACCCUUAUUUACACUCUUGCUAUUACAUUGGCACUGCCAUCUUGAGAAUUCACACAGUAUUCACUUUUGAUUGAAACCGACACUGGAUAUUUUCAUGUAAUAUUCUCGUUGUAUAUUGAUUGAUGGAGUUAUUACAUACUGGAGACUACAUAGGUAAAUUAAUAGUUCUUAUAAUUUUGGCAUGAAUGGUACUUAGUUUUGGAUAUUGUUUGACAGUCAUACAUUUUUUAAUAAUUUGUUAAAUCUAGUUAAGAAAAAUAAUUUGAAUUUAGUUUAUGAAAAUUACUACUAUAUAGAACAAUACAUUUUAGUCAUUGAUACUAUAUUUGAAAAUAAUUAUUGUUUUGGUCUCAAGUGAUGAAACAAUUUUUCCAUGGCAUAAUAAUAUUCAUAUAUUUGACUAUUAAAAAGUUAAUGAACUCCUUUCCAGAUUAUUUAAAUGUUGUAUAAUGUCAUAAAGUGUUUUGAAAUUGAAAUAAAUUGUAACACUAGUAUUCAAACUUUAAGCACAUUAAACUGUAAUACUUUUUGAGUGUUAUGAGUCCCAAAAAUUUGCUAGUAUUUUCCUUUUUUUUUCUGGAGAACUUUCUUGGACGAACCUUUACUGUCAUAAUUCCAUAACGGUUAAAUUAAAUACAGUACUCAUACAAAUUGUUAAAAACAUAAGCACACAGUUAUUUUGUUUCAGAGUUCUGAACAGAAACAAUUGUUUGGCCCUUGUGAUGCAGCUUUGUGUAAGAUUGUUCUGUUACUUCAAGUAGAGGUUGUGGUUGCCAUUGGAAGAUUUGCAGAAAAAAGAGCUAAAGCGGCUCUUAAAACAGAGUUUCCACAUAUCAGAAUUGAGUUCAUAUCACACCCAAGUCCUCGUAAUGUAGGGAGUAACAAGAACUGGCACGAGAAUACUCUGGCUCAUCUUGCGGACCUGGAUCUCAUCAAGUAUUUCACUUGAAAACAAUGGCAGAAUACAUGGAAACAGCCUUGAACCUGGCCAAGGAAGCGCUCAGGAAUGGGGAGGUGCCUGUUGGAUGUAUUUUUAUCUAUAAAGGACAAGUUAUUGCAAAGGGGAGCAACACUGUGAACCAAACGUGCAACGCAACCAGACAUGCAGAGAUGGACUGCAUCGAGGCUAUUGUCACCAAAUAUCCCAACUGGGAGGAGGUACUCCACAACACGCAAGUGGUUGUGACAGUGGAACCAUGUAUCAUGUGCGCAGCUGCUCUCCAUACUGUUCGAGUGGCCUCAAUCACGUAUGGCUGUGCCAACGAUCGAUUCGGUGGCUGCGUUUCUGUCCUCGACUCAUCCAAGAUGUACACUGACCCCUGUCCUGUGCGCGGUGGUGUGAGAGCUGACGAGGCUAUGGACCUACUCAAAGAGUUUUACAAAGGACAAAACCCAAAUGCACCAGAGUGCAAAGUUAAAAUUAAAAAGCCAAAGUUAUGAUUCUAAAACUUUUUGAUGAAAUUAUGUGAGUUUUAUUUUCUUGAGAACAAAAGGAUGGUUUUGGGAGUCUUAGUAAAUGACAGCUCGGAAAACCUUGGUGAAUUCAAGGAUGCUGUUUUUUACCACUUAUUUUUGGUAUCACUUCACAUCUGUUCCACUUGUUUUGGAAGUUGAAUUUCAAAAUACUUUCCCAGUAAAACUGCAAUAUUGGAUUUGUAAGGCUGUUAUAUGUAUUGAUUAGGUAAGCAUUGGUACCUAUGUCAUUUAUGUACUAGAGAAUGAACGGUUAACACAAGAAUAUUUCUAGUAAAGUUUAUAGCCUUUUGUAGCCCAAAAAGAAACAAUUAUACAAUCCUGAAUUGACGCUUUACUAUAAAUAAACAAGGCUGUAACUGAAUGCAGCCAAAGUUGGCCAUGUAUAUGCUGCAGUCAUAAUCCUGUGGUCUUAUUGUCUUUGGCUGGACAAGUAGUACACCUGAAUAUUCAAUUAAAUUAUUCAUAUUUCUCUUUACUGUUGUGAAUGUCUCCAUGCGUAUGUGUUUGUGACUAUGUGUUCAGUUAUUAAGAGAUUUGAUAGUAGAAUAGUAGUUGGAGACUACUCAUCUCUAGUUAAAAGAAUUGGAUCAAAAACAUUAUGUAACCAUUUUUGUUAAGAGUUCUUGUUUCACUGCUUGUUACAUGUCUCAACUAAUGAAGUCACAUGCUAGGAAAACCAUUGAUUUUUAAAAUGUCUUCCAUUUUAUAUCAACCUUUAUACUGCCAGCUUAAAAAAAAAUGUAUGUCUACACAGAGGAUCCAACUACUCAGCAAGAUUGUGGUCACCACCAAAUUGUUAUAUGUCAAUAUCUCACAAGCUAUAAAACACAAAUGUACCCUUGUACAACUCCACUCAUGUUGAGACAAGAUUUACUCCUGCAAGUGCUCAUCAAAAAGCAUUGAAACAUUUUUCCCACAAUUGAAGUCUUGAAAUAUCUCGGCCUUGCAUUGGACAACUGUCUUCAAACAACAAAUAUAAACUAAAUCUCAUUAAUUAAAAUAAAACCAAUUUUUCUUAGUUCGUAAAAACUAGAAACCCAUGUUAUUAAUGUUACUUGUUUUUUUUCUGUAGCAAGCAAAUAAUUGUAAUAAAUAUAACAGAGAAAGGAGUGAAUCAUUUUAUAUUACUGAUGGGGUUUCAAAGAUUCUUUGUAAUCUGAUAAACAAAUUAAUUUUUCAACCAA